AGCGACGCGGCGCGACAAGAUGGCGGUGAGCGUGCGGCGCUGCUGGUGGGGUUGGCGGGGUUCGCCGGGCUGGCGGGGACAAAGAGAAGAAAAAGAAAGAGAGCAUCUUGGACCUGUCCAAGUACAUCGACAAGACCAUCCGAGUGAAGUUCCAGGGAGGCAGAGAAGUGGAAUCCUGAAAGGGUUCGACCCGCUGCUCAACCUCGUGCUGGACGGCACCAUCGAGUACAUGCGAGGCACAUCUCCGGGCAUCUUCCCACACCGCCUCACUGCCACCCCUCUUCUCCCACAGACCCCGACGACCAGUACAAGCUCACAGAGGACACGCGGCAGCUGGGCCUGGUGGUGUGCAGGGGCACUUCGGUGGUGCUCAUCUGCCCGCAGGACGGCAUGGAGGCCAUCCCCAACCCCUUCAUCCAACAGCAGGAUGCCUAGCAGCCAGGCCACUGCUCCUCUGACUUGGCCACCCGUCCGAAUGGAACUCUUUUUUGUAUAACUUACAUUUUUGUUUUCUUAAUAAAAUUGCAAACUUCAA